CCAAAAUGAUCACGGUACUUCUCCUGGCGCUGUGCACUGCGGCGUUCCUCUGCCUGGCAUAUCGUUAUGCCUGGUAUCGACCCGCCGGCUUUCCACCGGGUCCGCCGCGGAUUCCGCUUUUCGGGAGCUAUCUCUUCAUGUUGAUGAUCAACUUCAAGUACCUGCACAAGGCGGCUCUCACCCUCAGUCGGUGGUACAAGUCCGAUAUAAUCGGGCUGCACGUUGGAUCCUUCCAGGUCGCUGUCGUCCACAAUGCCGAGGGAGUACGCGAGAUUCUUAAUAACAAGGUAUUUGACGGACGCCCCGGAAUCUUUGUGGCCGCCAUGCGUGAUCCCGGCGAUGAUAUACGAGGCAUCUUCUUCCAGGAAGGACCCCUGUGGAAGGAGCAGCGCCGCUUUAUCCUGCGAUAUCUUCGAGACUUUGGAUUCGGACGGCGCUUUGAGCAACUGGAACUGGUCAUUCAGGAGCAGCUGACUGACAUGCUGGACCUCAUCCGUAACGGACCAAAGCAUCAACACGAACACCACAUGGUUAAGCCCGGAGGAUACCGGGUGCUUCUGCCUCUGCUUUUUAACCCCUUCUCGGCGAACUGUCAUUUCCAUAUCGUGUACAAUGAAUGCCAGAGUCGGGAGGAGAUGGCUCGUUUGGUUGAGCUCUGCCAGAUGGGCAUUCAGUUCCAGCGGAACGCGGACGACUACGGCCGGAUGAUAAGUAUCAUGCCUUGGAUCCGGCACAUCUGGCCCGAGUGGAGUGGCUACAGGAUACUCAAUGAGUCCAAUGUGUUUGUCCACAAGUAUUUUUCCGACAUCGUGGAUCGAGCCCUGGAGACCUACGAGGAAGGUGUGGAGCGUCACUUCAUGGAUGUGUAUAUCGCCGAGAUGCGUCGCUCUCCGGGGUACGGUUUCAAUCGGGAGCAGUUCAUCAUGGGCCUGGUGGACUUCUCCUUUCCCGCCUUCACCGCCAUUGGAGUGCAGUUGUCGCUGCUCGUUCAGUAUCUCAUGUUAUAUCCGGAGGUGACCCAACGGAUACAGCGCGAGAUAGACGAGGUGGUCGGCUGCGGUCGACUGCCCUCUUUGGAGGAUCGAAAGAACCUACCCUUCACGGAGGCCACCGUUCGCGAGGGCCUGCGGAUAGAAACUCUGGUGCCCUCGGAUGUGCCGCAUAAGGCACUGGAGGACACCGAGCUGCUGGGUUACAGGAUUCCCAAGGAUACCAUUGUCAUACCCAGUCUUUAUGCUUUCCAUUCGGAUGCCCGCGUCUGGUCGGAUCCAGAGCAGUUCCGGCCGGAGAGGUUCCUUGAUGCAGAUGGCAAGCUCAGCCUGAAGCUGGAUGUCUCGCUGCCGUUUGGAGCAGGAAAGCGGCUAUGUGCCGGUGAGACCUUUGCCAGGAAUAUGCUCUUCCUGAUGACGGCAACCAUGUGCCAGCACUUUGACUUUGUCCUCGCACCAGGCGACAAACUACCCGAUCUGUCCCAGAACCUCAACGGGCUGAUUAUCUCGCCACCUGAUUUCUGGGUGCAGCUGCAGGAUCGCCAUUGAACUGAGCCCGACCAGUAGUCGGGUCGAUUGACAUUUAGAUUAAGCAAGAUCUUAGAUUAAAAGACGAAAUUUUAUUUUUAAGAAAUCAUAAAGCCCUAAGUGUAUACCUUAAAUUACUUCCGAUUUAAGAAUAAUCAAUUCCUUUUGG